AUGGAGCAUGAGCUAACUGACCCGCGUUACAGUGACGGCGCCAGCCGCACGCGAUGUUCUUUGACAGAUAUCUUUACAGAUCUUGAUGACUUUCAAUCGAACACACCUCAACCCUUCCCUCUUCAGGCCGAGCCUUACGACACUGGUCCGUUGUCGCAUGAGUCGAACCCGUGGACUUCCUUUCAACCGUUCUAUGGUCUGAGUGCCGAACACAUCGACAGCUCAUACUCGGUAUCGGACCUCCCCGUCGAUGCCAACCUUAUAUCAUGGUCUCAAUGUGACGGGCCUAGCUUCCAGGCCCUCAACCGACCAGUCAAUCACUGGCCUGUUAUUCUAGGCCUUGAUUCCCCUGCGUUUGGCGCUCCCUACGAGGAUCAUAGGCAGUACCCCGUCGUUCCCACACCACAUCAAGCCGCAUAUGAUCAUGCCCACUUGUCAUUCAAACCAAACACUCAAUCAAUAGAUCAAGGUUCCUUCAGUGCACAGCUCUACAGCCAUGGAUUCCAUGGAUCGAGCCCUUCAACAUAUACAAAUCUCGGCAGUCCUUCUCAAUACCAUACGUUAUCUUUAUCUGGUGGCCCGGUCGAAAGCCUUGGUACUCGGCCCUUGGCUGCUGGCACUUGUAUCAAUAUCCAAGCCAGUCACAAGGACGAAAUACUUGUCGAUAACAUAACAGCCAACGGAACAAACGUCUUGACUUCUCUUGUGAUCGCUGAUCCUGGGCAAAGUAGUGAAAGUUCGACCCCCAACUCCAUCGGCUCGUCACCAGGCCCCGAUAUGCUCGACUGCCCAGCAUGCGGCCGUUUCCAAGGAGAUGUGAGAAGGCUCAGGGAACACAUGCGUUGUCACAUAAAGCCGCAUAUCUGCGACGUUGGCGGGUGUGGCCGGCGGUUUAGCACGUCGAGAGACCUUAAGCGCCACCAGGAGUCGGCGCACCGGAAGUCAACUCUGGAAUGCCACAUCUGCUUCCGAAAGUUCGGCGGCAAGCGCGCAGACAACCUGCAGAGACACCUCCAGACAAAACAUGCACUGGAGGCUAUGUAUGAAGGACCACUUCCGUUCGGGCCGCUUUGA